UCAUGAUGACCCAGGUGGAUCCCCUCAUGCCCAAUCCUGGUGGGGUGGGCCUGAUGGGCCUGGGCACGUCCGUGGUGGGCGUGAGGUCCAAACCCAAUCAGCUGCUGUUGGGUAAAGGGCUGGAGUCGAACACGGUCGCCCCCAUGGCGCUGCAGGCUCAGAUGCAGCAGCAGCAGCAGCAGCAGCAGCAGCAGCAUCACCUCCACCACCAGCAGCAGCAGCAGCAGCUGCACCAGCAACAGCCACAACAGCAACACCAGCAUCACUCUCAGAUGGGGUUGGGGAUGAUCCUCUCAGGUAUGUCUCAGGACCCAUCUCAGCUCUCUGCUCUCAAAGCCCAGCAUGCCACAGUGCCAGCUGUGGGCUCUCACCACGGAGGGCCCAUCGCCUCAGCCAAUCCUGGCCUGAGUCUGCAGGGCGUGAGUCAGUUCGGAGCUCCGUCCUACUUCCAGACUGGUCAGGACCGACUGCCCACAGACUUGGACAUAGACAUGUUCACCGAAAACCUGGAUUGUGACGUGGACUACAUCAUCAACAGUGACCUCAUGGACGGAGAUGGACUUGACUUUGACAACUUUGACCCCAUACUGCCUGGAGGCCAAGGCUACGCUGGCCCAGCCACCACACAGGGCUCCGCUCACAGCUGGGUGCCCAGCUAAUUUGUCAUCUGACCACACAAAGUCAGCCAGGAACCGAUCUCCAAUCAAGAUCACCUCAUAAAUUGACAAAACGACCGGUGCAUUCCUCCUCCCUGCUGGCUGAAGAUUUUUUUCAAACACAACGCUUCUCUUGGACUUUAAAGGCAAAACCAGACCUCACCCAUGUCAUGUGCCAAGACAUGUGGAGGACAGGGAGGAGAUCCAGGCUACUAUGCACAAUUUCUUUCUCACGACACUUGCAACGAUUUGGCUGCUAGCAUUUUUUGUUGUUGUUGUUGUUGUUCUUUUAAUCCGAACUGAUGAUUUUUAAAGACGUGUGACAUAAUGUUUUGAGUGGAAAGACAAAUCAUUAACUCCCCGUGUGCGAGGAGUAUGUAUUUUGUUGUUACACCAGAAUAGCUUUAGGGUGGACCGGUACUUGAUGGCUUUGGGAUUGAAGACUCAGUGGGACUCAGUGCGUUGUUUUUUUGGGGAGAAAUGGCCAGUUUUCCCAUUGACACUUGCCUAGCACGAAUAGCCAGACCAAAUGCUGUUUGAAAGCCUGAAUAAUGUGCGCCAACUCUGCUGCACCUGGAAAAGAGUUUUAUCGCAGGAGUCGGUGGAAGGAUCAUGCCUGUGUUGUGAACAGGUGGAAGAUAAAGACUGGAUGACUGGAGGUAAAAAAUGUUAGAUUCAACAUUGGCUACACAUCUCGCCCAAUUGUGUACCUGGACUGCGAUCACAUGUACGAUUCAGAUUUCUCACUUGGUGCACGAUGGUGCAUUUUUUGUUCUCUAUUGAAAUUUGGUGAUUCAACAGUUAAGAGGGUUAUGUACUUGCAGUUUGGCAUUUUUGGUGUUACAGUAGAUGUCAGAGGGUGUUUUCUUUUUGUUUUUUUUAAAUCCCUGAUGUGCAGUUAAACUAACAAAAUGAAGAAAUGUGAUUUGUGAAUUUAUACACGGGGCAUUCAAGAGUAAAUUUAUUUGCCAACAGGUGAUUGGUUGGCCAAGUAUUAUAUUGUCUCAGACAGCAGGUCUCCCCCACUGUCUAAUGCUCUACCUGAUUCUUUUUUUCCCCAUCGAGCCUGUGCAUUUUCAAAGCACUUAGGUUUCCUGCAACACAGGGACCCCAAACUAUGAGAAUACAUCCACAUUAGGUUAUACCAUUUCAUUAAAAGAGAGUUUAAAUCCUGUAAAAAAAAAAAAACACAUUUAAUGUACACGUUGCACAUGUAGAUGACGAGACGCUAUGCAGAUAUAUCAGGAAAAACUAAAUGAAAUCUUGAAGGAAAUUAGAAAAAUCACUUCUUGAAGGGUUUUGCUGUUUGACGUUUUCCUGAUAUUUUGUUGGGUUGGGUGGGUGCUUCAUGAAUAUCCUCACACUUUAAUUAAUUCAGUUUAAGCAAUUAUUUCACUGUGUGAGAAGUACAAAAAAGAAUAUAUUUGAUUAUAGUUUUAAUAUACAAUUUAGAGGUAAUAAAUGUGAUAUUAAUACAUAUGAAUAUAUUACUAAUGACAAGUGUUUUUUUUUUGUUUUUGUUUUUUUACAUUGGAAGAAGCAUUUUCAGAUCAUUUUUAAUGGUAAUUUUCUAUACUUUUAUUUUUGUAACAGAUGAGCUGCAUGUAGAUUUUUUUACAUAACCAAAGGAACACUAAUAUUUGCAAUCGCAUGGCAUUUAGGGAGCGCUUGGGCCUGACACAGUAUCUCGGUGUACAUAAGCUUUUGCAAAAGAUGCCUGUUAACAUGAAAUCUGACGCGUGAGGCAAAGUGCAUCAAUGCUUGACCAUUUUAACUAAAAUUCCCAUUGAUCUGCCUCAUUACUGUCUGCAUUAAUUGUGAAUCCAAGUAAAAAAGCAAACAAAAACAAAUGUGCGCUGAGAUGUGGCAUGAUAACCUUUUUUCGUCCCACUUUUCUAACAUGCUGCCGAAUUGUCAUCUCAUAAGGAGACUAAUACAACCGUUACCUCUCAGGGCUGCUCGGGAGUAAAAACUAAAAACAACAGGAAAACGAUUCUGCACGGACGUCGUCAGAUCACGUGACAAUAGCAAAAAAAAAAACAAUAUUUAUUUUACAGAUUUCUCAGUUACUCCAGAGUGGAAACGCAACACGCCGCAUCUUCUGAUUUGUUUUCCUGGAGACUUUUUUGUCGAAUUCAUCCCAAAUUUAACUUCCCUUCUUAGAGAAAUGUCUCCAACUCUCCAGCCAUGUAUAUCAGCACUAGCAUCUCCCUUGGGUUUGUUUGUUUUUUUUGACUGCCAAUAUUUAAAACACUAUAUAGCAUGACAUUGCUCUGUAGCAAGAUGGACUUUUUUGUCAUCCCCCCCACCCUCCCCCUAAUAAUUUGUGUUUUGUGUUUGUUUUUAAUGACUUUAUUCAUAACCGUCAACGUAUUUGUGAUCAGGAAUAACAUCCCUGCAGUUUAAACUCUUAGUAUUCAUCAUUUCACUGUAGCUGUGUUAGCCUCCGAAUUGUAUAAAGCACUCUUUUUUCUUUCUCUUUUUAAAUGGUGCUAGUUGUCAUUUGUGAGGUAUCCUGGAGUACGCCAUGUUGCAGUGGGUGCAUAUCAGGGCCUUUUGAAUUUUCUGUAUACAGCACAAGGAUCUUGAUUUGGUGUUUAUCAAUGAACAGUCCUUCCCCCUCUUUGUUUUCAUAUAUAUCUAUAGAUGACCUCCCCAUACUGGUCAUUUAAAAAUAGCUCUGGAAACAGAAGACCAGCUCGUUCAAACUGCAUGAUUUUCUUAUUAUUUUAAAUCAUAACAUUAGUUAUUUUAGAAAGUUGUAUAUGCAACAAAUCCCCCACGUUUUUCUGAACUAAUGUCCAGGUGUUGGAAACAGUUGAUAGGACGGACUGCAGCAUGUAAAAGGAGGGGUGUUUGGUUUGUCAGAAUAUGCUGCACCAAGUUUUGAUGUCUAGUUUACUGUUGCCUCCUAAAAAAAAAAAGGGGGCAGGUGUGGUGUUAUUACUUCUGUUGUAUCUCCCCUUUCUAUGUAAUCAUAACUAUCUUCAUAUUUUGUUCUUCAGUUUUCUUUAACUAGCAGUUAGUCCCUGUAUGUUUUGUUUUGAAAUUUAAAAUUGCCCCAUUUGAUACAGCAUUUUUAGUAUUCAGAAAGGGUGGGUUUUUUUAUUUCCAUAGGGGAGGGUGGGGUGGAAAGGUUAUAAGUUGUGCAUACAAUUAUGUUUAUGAUUUUUGAUGUUGAUAGUUUUUCUUCCUUCGCCCCCCUUUCAGUUUUUUUUCUUUACACAUUGUAAAGUCAGCCAGAAAUGACAAACAGUUCUGAACAGCAGAAAUAAAUUCAAUAAACUGUUUAACCCACUUUGUCUCACUCGUUGGUGCAAAGUUACUGACUUGAGACAGACAGAGUUUCUUUGAACAGACUGUGUUCACUACUGUAGGUCUGCCACCAGGGGCCACUGUUGUCCUUUUAUACAGCUACUUGGAACCACAAAUAACCAAACUACAUAUGGCAGCAGAUAUAAAUGUACUGUACAAUAUAACAAUAAAGAAAUACAAUAAAAGUGGA